AUGGGUCUUGUCUCGUUCGCAGAGGAAACAAAAAUCUACGAAGCCGACAUCGAUACCCCGAAUGAACAACCGGAGGAGCCUGUGAACGUCUACAGAUACCAGGAAACGCCAGAGAACAAGUCAUGGGCUGCCGCGUUGCCACUGAAGCAGGGUCUGUACGACCCUGAGUUGGAGAAGGAUGCUUGUGGUGUUGGCUUUGCUGCCCACAUAAAGGGCAAGGCGAGCCACAAGAUCAUCAGCGAUGCUAAAAGCCUUCUCUGCAACAUGACCCAUCGGGGUGCCGUGGGUUCAGAUGCCAGGGACGGCGACGGUGCAGGUGUAAUGACCUCCAUCCCUCAUAAGUUCUUCCUCAAGAACUUUGAGCGCGAGCAAGGGAUCAAGCUCCCUCCGCAAGGGCAGUACGCCGCCGGUAACCUGUUCUUCAAGCCGGAUACCGAGGUUCUCAAGGACACAAUUGCCACUUUCGAAGAGACGGCAGAUUCACUGGACCUUCGGGUACUUGGCUGGCGGGAGGUGCCAAAGGACUCAACCCUGCUUGGACCGGCUGCUCUAUCGAGAGAGCCGAUCAUCUUGCAGCCAUUCGUUGUGUUGAAGUCCGCGUAUGGCGACGGCAACGCGCCGAAGGACACCUUCGCUGAGGAGUACGACGAGUCACGGUUCGAGCGUCAGCUCUACGUGCUUCGCAAACGAGCCACCCACGUGAUUGGCCUUCACAACUGGUUCUAUCUUUGCUCGUUGAGCAACAAGAACAUUGUAUACAAGGGUCAGCUGGCGCCUGUCCAAGUAUACGAAUAUUACUACGAUCUGCUGUCCGUCGACUACGAAGGCCACUUCGCCCUUGUCCACUCACGGUUCUCCACCAACACAUUCCCCAGCUGGGACAGAGCACAGCCGCUACGGUGGGCCGCUCACAACGGUGAAAUCAACACAUUGCGAGGAAACAAGAACUGGAUGCGGGCACGAGAAGGCGUUCUGAAGUCGGACCUCUUCGGUGACGACCUAGAGCUGCUUUAUCCCAUCAUCGAGGACGGCGGUUCCGAUUCGGCAGCUUUCGACAAUGUGCUCGAGUUGCUGGUCAUCAACGGCGUGCUCUCUCUACCAGAGGCGGUGAUGCUCAUGGUACCAGAGGCAUGGCAAGGCAACGAUUCGCUGGAUCCUGCAAAGCAGGCCUUCUACGAGUGGGCUGGCUGCAUGAUGGAGCCUUGGGACGGCCCAGCUCUUUUCACUUUCUCCGACGGCAGGUACUGCGGUGCCAAUCUUGAUCGAAACGGCCUCCGUCCCUGCAGAUACUACGUAACGGAUGAUGACCGUAUUGUCUGCGCCUCCGAAGUUGGUACCAUCGCCAUUGAGCCGGAGAGGAUUGUGCAGAAGGGUAGACUGCAGCCUGGGAGGAUGCUUCUCGUUGAUACGGUGGCUGGUCGUAUCGUCGAUGACAAUGAGCUCAAGAACAGUGUAGCAAACCGUCAUGACUUCCGGUCAUGGAUAGAGAAGCAGCUCAUUACUAUGUCCAGCAUAUACAACCGACUUCUAGAGCAGGGCACUGAUCUCUCUCACGAGAUCACUGACACUCGCGUUCAGGAGGAUCCACGCCUCAGGGCUUUCGGCUACUCCUUGGAGCAAGUCAGUUUGCUUCUUGGGCCUAUGGCUGCAGAUUCCAAGGAAGCAUUGGGUUCCAUGGGCAACGACGCACCGCUCGCAUGUCUCGCGAAGCAGCCACGUCUGCUCUACGAGUACUUCCGCCAGCUCUUCGCCCAGGUCACCAACCCUCCUAUUGACCCUAUCCGAGAAGCCAUCGUCAUGUCUCUGGAGGCUUACGUUGGACCACAAGGUAACCUACUCGAGAUGGACGAAUCACAGUGCCACCGUCUCCUUCUCCCAUCGCCCAUCCUGUCGAUUGAGGAGUUCAAUGCUCUAAGCAAGAUCAACACCCUUCAUCCCGACUGGAAAGUCAAGGUUAUUGACAUCACCUUUCCCAAGAAGCAAGGCAUCCAAGGCUACAUCGACCACCUCGACAAGAUCUGUGAUGCAGCAACAGAGGGUAUCAAGAACGGCGACAACGUGCUGAUUCUAUCCGAUCGAGCUGUCUCAUCAGAUCGAGUUGCGGUCUCCGCUCUAUUGGCCACUGGUAUGGUCCAUCAUCACCUCGUCAAGAACAGGUGGCGUUCACAGGCUGCGCUUAUCGUCGAAACCGGUGAGGCUCGCGAGGUGCAUCACAUGUGUGUCCUCGUCGGCUACGGCGCCGAUGCAAUCUGCCCUUACCUAGCCAUAGAGUGCAUCCUCAAGAUGAACCGCGAGGGCCUCAUUCGGAAGAAGCUGUCCCCCGAGCAGCUCAUCGACAACUACCGGCACUCUUGCGACGGAGGCAUCCUGAAAGUGAUGAGCAAGAUGGGCAUUUCCACACUUCAGAGCUACAAGGGUGCCCAGAUCUUCGAGGCACUCGGUAUCGACGACGCGGUCGUUGACCGGUGCUUCACCGGCACAGCUAGCCGUAUCAAGGGUAUGACUCUUGAACUCAUCGCUCAAGAUGCUUUUGCUCUCCACGAGAAGGGAUUCCCAACACGAAGCAUCGUCGAAAUUCCCGGCCUAGCUGAAACGGGCGAGUACCACUGGCGCGAUGGUGGUGAGCCGCACGUCAAUGAUCCUACGGCUAUCGCCAACAUUCAGGACGCUGUCCGCACCAAGAACGACAAGUCGUACGAGGCAUACUCGAUCUCUGAGUACGAGCGGAUUAAAGACUGCACAUUGCGGGGCAUGCUUGAUUUCAACUUCGACGAUUGCGCACCUAUUCCUAUCGAUCAGGUUGAGCCAUGGACCGAGAUUGUGCGUCGUUUCGUUACCGGAGCCAUGUCUUACGGUUCCAUCUCCAUGGAGUCGCACUCGACCCUUGCUGUUGCCAUGAACAGGCUUGGCGGCAAGUCCAAUACCGGUGAAGGUGGUGAGGAUCCGGAAAGAAGCUUGCGAUUGGAUAACGGCGAUACCAUGAGGUCUGCCAUCAAGCAGGUCGCCUCCGGCCGUUUCGGUGUCACCAGCAACUAUCUCGCGGACGCCGAUGAGCUACAGAUCAAGAUGGCUCAAGGUGCUAAGCCUGGUGAAGGUGGUGAGCUUCCAGGCCACAAGGUCUCCGGCCCAAUCGCAAAGACGCGGCACUCUACGCCAGGUGUUGGUUUGAUUUCGCCGCCACCGCAUCACGACAUCUACAGUAUCGAGGAUUUGAAACAAUUGAUCUAUGAUCUCAAGUGCUCGAACCCGCGCGCCCGCAUCUCAGUCAAGCUUGUCUCCGAGACUGGUGUCGGUAUUGUGGCGUCUGGUGUCGCGAAGGCCAAAGCUGACCACAUCCUCAUCUCUGGUCACGAUGGUGGUACCGGUGCCUCCCGCUGGACCGGCAUCAAGUAUGCCGGUCUUCCGUGGGAAUUGGGUCUUGCGGAGACGCAUCAGACGCUCGUCCUGAAUGAUCUCCGUGGUCGUGUCAUCGUCCAGACGGAUGGCCAAAUCCGAACCGGACGUGAUGUCGCCAUCGCCUGCCUGCUUGGUGCUGAAGAGUGGGGCUUCGCCACAACGCCUCUCAUAGCUAUGGGCUGUAUUAUGAUGCGAAAAUGCCAUGCGAGUACCCCACUAUCUUCAUUGAAACUUAACACAUGCCCGGUAGGCAUCGCCACUCAAGAUCCGCAGCUGCGGAAGAAGUUCGAGGGGACGCCGGAGCAUGUCAUCAACUUCUUCUACUACAUCGCAAACGAGCUCCGUGCGAUCAUGGCAAAGCUGGGUUUCCGCACCAUCAACGAGAUGGUGGGCCGCUGCGAGAUGCUCCGCAUGCGCGACGAUCUACGAACAGCGAAGACCGAGAACAUCGAUCUGUCACUUAUCCUUACCCCUGCUCACACGCUCCGCCCCGGCGUUGCCACCUACAAUGUCAGGAAGCAGGAUCAUAAGCUUCAUGUGCGCCUCGACAACAAACUCAUCGCCGAGUCCGAGCUAGCCCUAGAGAAGGGUCUCCCCACCCGGAUUGAAUGCGACAUCCUUAACACCGACCGCACUCUUGGCGCCACGCUUUCAUACCAUAUCAGCAAGCGUUACGGCGAGGCCGGCUUGCCCCAAGACACCGUUCAUGCCAACAUCCGUGGCUCUGCUGGUCAGUCGUUCGGUGCGUACCUGGCACCGGGCGUAACGCUAGAGCUCGAGGGUGACGCGAACGACUACGUUGGUAAGGGCCUGUCCGGUGGCCGUCUCAUUGUCUACCCGCCGCGCGCUGCUGUCUUCAAGGCCGAGGAGAACGUACUGAUUGGCAACGUCUGCCUUUACGGUGCUACGAGCGGCACCUGCUUCUUCCGUGGCGUCGCUGCAGAGCGUUUCGCUGUCCGCAACUCCGGUGUCACUGCCGUUGUCGAAGGUGUCGGUGAUCAUGGCUGCGAGUACAUGACCGGAGGCCGUGUGCUCGUCCUUGGCAACACUGGCCGCAAUUUCGCUGCCGGUAUGUCCGGAGGCAUUGCUUACGUUCUCGACAUGCAUCACGACUUUGAGGGCAAGGUCAAUCAAGAGAUGGUUGAGCUUUCGGCCAUCGAAGAUCCUACCGAAAUCGCUUUCGUCCGCGGACUCAUAGAGGACCAUCACCAUUACACUGGCUCUGAGCUGGCGGCUCGUAUCUUGCUGGACUUCAGCCGUGCCCUGCCUCGCUUUGUCAAGAUCCUGCCUACCGACUACAAGCGCGUCAUGCAGGAGGAAGCCGCAAAGGCCGCUGAAGCGAAGAAGGCUGAGUACCCUCUUCCCAUUAUGCCUGGUAAUCCUGUCCGCACCGCACAUGAAGCAUCACGGAGGGCGGAGCACGAAGCCGAGAACAAGGAAAAGAAGAAGAAUGAUCUCCUCGACAUCGAAGAGAGCGUUGGCGAUGCCAAGGCUGAAAAGAAGAGAUCUUUGGUUCUUGACAAGACCCGCGGCUUCAUGAAGUACCAGCGACGUUCUGAGAAGUACAGGAACCCGAAGACCCGUACUCGCGACUGGCAAGAACUCUCUACACGCUUGAACGAAGAUGAACUCAAGUACCAGACAGCUCGUUGCAUGGACUGCGGUGUUCCCUUCUGCCAGUCCGACACUGGCUGCCCAAUCAGCAACAUCAUUCCGAAGUGGAAUGAGCUGGUCUUCCAGAACCAAUGGCGGGAUGCCUUGAACAGGUUGCUCAUGACCAAUAACUUCCCCGAAUUCACUGGCCGCGUCUGCCCCGCCCCUUGCGAGGGUGCUUGCGUCCUCGGUAUCAAUGAGGAUCCUGUUGGCAUCAAGUCCAUCGAAUGUGCCAUCAUCGACCGCGGGUUCGAGAUGGGCUGGAUGGUACCGUCGCCUCCGAAGUAUAGAAGCGGCAAGAGCGUCGCAAUCAUCGGUUCCGGUCCAGCUGGUCUUGCUUGCGCUGAUCAGCUCAAUAAGGCUGGACACAACGUCACGGUCUACGAGCGUUCUGACCGCGUUGGAGGGCUCUUGAUGUACGGCAUUCCCAAUAUGAAGCUCGACAAGAAGGUUGUUCAACGUCGUGUGGACUUCAUGGGCGCGGAAGGCAUCCAGUACCGGACUGGCGUUCAUGUUGGCGAGGGCGACGUCACUCUUGAAUCACUAAGAGCUGAGAACGACGCUGUUGUCAUCGCUACAGGUGCUACAGUCGCCAGAGACCUUCCUAUCCCCAACCGCAACCUUGACGGCAUCCACUUUGCCAUGCAGUUCCUGCACCGAAACACCAAGUCCCUCCUUGACUCGGAACUUUCGGACGGAGAGUACAUCUCCGCCAAGGACAAGCACGUUGUUGUCAUCGGAGGCGGUGAUACCGGCAACGAUUGCAUCGGUACCUCUGUGCGUCACGGAGCCAAGUCUGUCACCAACUUCGAGCUCCUUCCUCAGCCUCCGCCAAAGCGUGCCAGCGACAACCCUUGGCCGCAGUGGCCGCGUAUCUACAGGGUCGACUACGGCCACACCGAGGUCAAGACCCAUAUGGGCAAAGAUCCCCGUGAGUACUGCGUCAUGUCCAAGGACUUCGUCGAUGACGGCAACGGUAACGUCAAGGGCAUCAACACCGUGCGGGUUGAGUGGACAAAGAAUGUCACUGGUGGCUGGGACAUGAAGCAGAUCGAGGGAAGUGAACACCUCUUCCCGGCUGACCUUGUCCUCCUGUCUAUGGGCUUCUUGGGACCUGAGGACCGUGCCCUGGGUGGCAUAGUGGAGAAGGAUGCUCGCAAGAACAUCAAGACGCCGCCUGGCAAGUACAGCACCAGUGUCGAUGGCGUUUUCGCCGCUGGAGACUGUCGUCGUGGCCAGUCUCUCAUCGUUUGGGGCAUCAAUGAAGGCCGUAUGGCAGCACGUGAUGUCGACUCCUAUCUCACCGGUGUCGGCACUCAGCUUCCCGUUACCGGCGGCAUCGUCAAGCGUCCUCCCUACGAGCUUCUAAACAAGGUCAACGGCGCUCCCCCAGAGCUCAUCACUGCCGCCGCCUGA